ACUGCCAUCGCUCUUUCAAUUUCAAUUCUAAAGGAACAGGCGCCAGGUGUGUCAAAAGUAUGGGCACGAAUAAAAUAGGCAGUACUUGUCCAUCCAACAUGCAAGUGACAAUAACAGAGGACAAAUGCUGCUUAAAAUUUUUUCCAAAACAUAUGGGACACACCCAAGAUGUUGGAAGAACAUUUCUGCAUAGGAACGAGAGGACAGAGUUGGCAGGACGGCUGUCACAGGGUGUUCCUGUUGGACGGGUUUUACAAGAUGUCCGAAGUGCACCAAUCGCUGCAAGUGUGGAGAGAAUCCAUCUCCUUGAGAAGAAAGAUUUGCAUAAUAUAAAAAGGGAUUUUGAUAUUGGUUAUGCAACGAAGAAGCAUGAAAAUGAUGCAGUGAGUGUGAAAUUGUGGGUUGAAGAAAUGAAGAGACAAAGUGACAACCCAGUACUGUAUUUCAAGCAGCAAAAACAAGUGGAUCCUAAUUUUCAAGAUGAAGACUUCAUUCUUAUUAUAAUGCCAGACUUUCAGGCCGAACAACUUCUAAAGUAUGGAGAAGAUAAAAUAUGUGUGGAUGGCACUCAUGGCAUGACUGCAUACUAUUUUCAACUUUUUACUAUUGUCGUUGUUGAUAGAUAUGGUGCUGGAAUGCCAGUUGCAUUUUGUUUUUCAAAUAGGGGAGACAUGUGCUUACUGUCAUUUUAUUUCAAAUGUGUGAGAGAAAGGGUGGGCACUGUAAAGACCAAUGUGUUUAUGUCUGACGAUGCACCAGCAUUUUAUAAUGCAUGGUCAGCAGUAAUGGGACCUGUGCCAAACCAGUUGCUGUGUUCUUGGCAUAUACAACGGAACUGGUCUCAGAAUUUAAGGAGAAUUUCUGGGGGUAGUGAGAAAAAAUCAGCAGUGUUUAGUUCACUAAAGCGACUUCAGACUGAACUGGAUAUAGAUGUUUUUAGUUGUAGUCUAGAGAAAGUGGUGGAAGACUUAUUGAAUGAUCCAGAUACUGCAGAAUUUGGCAGGCCCACCGCCACCACCAAUGCCGGCGCGUCCCGCCAGUCUCUUAUUGCUGUCUCUCACAUGGGGUGA